GUAAAUCGUAUUAAAACAUUAUACCGCACAAAUACCAUCGAUAAUGAUUACUAAAGUUCUUAAAUCAUUACUGUCGGGACAUUCAGCUAUCUCUAUGUAGCAUUGUCGAUGUCGAUGGUGUAUUAUUUAUAAAAGUGCUGUAAAGUAAAUCAUACCGCGUUCAAUGCAUUAAUAAAAAACAUUGAUUUCGAAUUGGUUAACGAAUGAUUCAUUCUACAAAUAUAUACUGCAAACAUGUACCUAAUACAAUUUAUAAUUUUUACACGUUAAGAUUCAUCGUCUGUCCGUAUUCUGCGGUCGCCGCGUGCAGUAGUAAAAUGGCUGCCGAGAAACGUCAAUACAUUUUGUAUCAAUAACAGUUUUCUUUUGUAAAUAAUCGUAGCAAACAGGAUUGCAAUAAAACGGAUGCCGUUUAAUUAACAUUUGAUUUUUCUUAUAAACGUGUGUAUGAAGGAGUGCGUGCGAAUCAGAAAUGGCAGAAUUUGUGCGCGGAGGUCCGAGCGUGUCGAACAGUGCUAAGAUGGAUCAUAACAGUAAAGGUGGUUCACCUAGCACUGGUAGUGAAGAUGGUGGACAGAAUGAAUCCAUGAAUGCAGAAAAUGAAUUUGAUCCAUUUUUGGAGAAUAUACCAGAUGAUAUUCAAGACACAGAGGAACCUGAUAGCGCUAAUGCAACGUUAUUAACAGCCCCUCCGGAAAAUCAGUGGUAUCAUGGUAGAUUAGAUAGAUUUACUGCAGAAGAAAGACUAUGGGAUGCAAGUAAAAUGGGUAGCUAUCUAGUGCGUGAAAGUGACAGAAAACCUGGAAGUUAUGUACUGUCUUACUUAGGAAGAACUGGCAUUAAUCAUUUUAGAAUCACAGCUGUGUGUGGAGAUUAUUAUAUAGGUGGCAGACAAUUCAAUAGCUUAUCAGAUUUAGUUGCAUAUUAUACCCAUUGCUCGGAUCUUUUAAAGAGAGAAAGACUUAUACAUCCUACUCCACCUCCAGAACCAGUAAAUGACAAAAAACGGAUAGUCGCGAUACUACCAUAUACAAAAAUGCCUGACACAGAUGAGUUGAGCUUCCAGAAGGGUGACAUAUUUUUUGUACACAAUGAUAUGGGAGAUGGUUGGUUAUGGGUUACCGCUCAUAGAACUGGUGAACAGGGCUUAAUUUUCCGUGAAUUAGUUGAAGAUUUGGAUGAUUCUAUUGAUCCUAAUACUGUGUUCUCUUGGUUUCAUCCUAAUGUCACAAAAAGUGAAGCUGUUGAUAUGUUAGUAAAAGCAGGACCUGGUAGUUUCUUGGUCAGACCUUCAGACAAUAGUCCCGGAGAUUAUUCGCUUUUCUUUCAUAUAAAUAAUCAGAUUCAAAGAUUUAGAAUCGAAAAAAAGGGUGUACGCUAUCUUAUGGGCGGCCGAACUUUUGAAUGUCUCGAUGCUGUUAUAAAUAGAUAUCGGAAAGAACAAAUAGUAGAAGGACAUACUCUGGUCCAAGCAAUGGUAACUGAACCCGAUGGUAGCGUAAGAGUGAACAGAGAAGUACAGCACGCGGAAAAGAUAUAUGCUACUCUGAGGGAAUGUCGUGAACAGUCUGGGGCAAAGAAAAAUAAAGGAAUUAAAAUGCAAGGAUAUUUAGAAAAAAAAUCGGAGAAGAACAAAAAGUGGAAAGCAUUAUACUUUGUACUCUUGGUAGAUGCAACAGAUACCCAUUUAUACUUAUAUGACAAUCCAAAAAGGACCAAACCUAAGGGUCUCAUCGAUUUAAGCUGCGCAUACUUGUAUCAGGUUCAUGAAAGCGUAUUCGAUAGACCUCAUUGCUUUCAAUUAGUUGAACGUGCUUUACCAUGUUUAGCCACGAUAACAUAUUUGGCCGCUCCAAAUUCAGAAAAUGCUUUAGACUGGAUUAAUGCCUUGAAACCAUUAUGUGUAUCACAACUUACUCGUGCUCCAAAGGUUGCUCGUCUUCGUGAAUUGCGUUCGUUACAUCUGCAUAUUUUAGACGCGCAUAGACUUCCAUAUAAGUUAGUACCAAAUCCAUUCAUCAUAGUGGCUCUAAACAAUGUAAAAGUUGCUCGUACAAAGGUUAAGACUGGAUUGCAUCCAAUUUGGGAUGAAGAAUUCAUUUUAGAGGAUGUACCACCGGAUGUUAUGUCAUUUUCUUUAACACUGUACAAUAAGGGGAAACGCAGUAAGGAUACAGAAGUUGCAGAAUUAACCGUCGAAUUGGCAAGUUUAACGAACGGAGAAGAAAUGGACGAAUGGUAUCCAUUAUCAGGAGUUACACCAAUAGGUGAAUGGGGUGUGUUGCGAAUACGGAUAAGAUAUCGGCAUGAUCUAGCGAUGCCUCCUGAAGAAUAUAGUCCGUUACAACAACUAUUGUUGGACCCAGAUCUACAUGUGGUUAGAGCGCUAGCAGAUGUGUGUCAUUUGGAUAGAGUACCCCUGGCAAAUAGUUUACUUAGAAUAUUUAGGCAUGAAAGAAAAGAGGCAGACCUUUUAAGAUCACUGAAUCAAGCAGAAGUGGACAAAGAAGACGAAACACCAACACUGUUUAGAGCUGCUAGCCUUACAACUACUUUAAUGGAUUUAUAUAUGAAAUCAGUUUGUACUUCGUUUUUGAAAGCUGCAUUACGUGACACUAUAGUAAAAUUAAUUGAAAGUAAACAAAGCUGUGAAUUAAAUCCAACAAAAAUGGAUUCUCCGGAAGAUGCAUGUAGCAAUGCAGAAUUUUUACUACAGGUCCUAGAUGAAGUGACAUUGAGCAUUUUUACGAGUCCCGACGCGUGUCCACGAACUUUGCGAUAUAUUUGUGGAUGUUUGCAAAGAGCAGUUGUUGCAAAAUGGCCGCAUGAAAGACUAGUCAGAACGCGAGUAGUCAGUGGAUUUAUAUUUUUACGUCUACUGUGCCCUGCCAUAUUAAAUCCUAGGUCAUUUAAUUUAAUAGCUGAACCGCCACCUCCAGCUGCCGCAAGAUCACUAGUAAUGGUUGCAAAAUGUUUACAAAAUUUGGCCAAUUUAGUAGAAUUUGGCGGUAAAGAACCUUACAUGGAAGUAGUCAAUCCGUUUAUUCUCAAGAAUAAAGAGAGAAUGGUUGUCUUUCUCGAUCAGUUAUCUAACGUAACCGAGAAACCAGAAUCGGAAGGUGCCGAUCCAAGGAACAGGAGUUGUGUUUCAGAUACAGCGCGAGACUUGGCAACGCUACAUCACAUUUGUGUUUCCCAUUUAAAAGAACUUCAAGCAUUAUCAAAGUCACAGCCAACGAUAAAACAAUUAGUGACCGUGACUGAAAUGUUAAGCAAACAUAAACAAAAGUACAUGGAAAUGAUACGGUAGUGCUAAAACCAUUCGCCAUGAACAAUGCCAAACGUAACAAAACAAUUUAUAAAAUUUAACGACAGAUACACGGUAGUAUUUAAUAAAUUACUCGUAAGUGGUUUAAGUAAUUAAACGUACAGACUGACGUGCCAUAUAUAUAUAUAUAUGUAUAUAUACAUACAUAUAUAUACAUAUACAUUACUGUAUACACACAAGCCUACCAUUUACCAUUUCGUAUGUAAUUAGAAAUUAGCUUAUACGUAUAGUAAACAGUAACAUGACAGUGAUAUAGUUACAUACAGAAUCAUAUAGGCGUAUAACGAUUUUAUAUUUACUUAGGUGCUCGAAAAUAAAUGCAAACUAAACCAAAAAUGAGUAUGUACAUAUGUAGUUUCCCGAUUCCUCAAUACUCGAAAAUAUUGAUCAAUUCCUGUGUUAAUUAACUUUCCCAGUCAUUGAUAAAACUGUGAACUUGUUUGGAAUAGGUUGAAAGAAAUAUUUCACACGUGUAUAAAUGAGUUUUUUUUAUUAAUUCCAAUUAUUUUAUAAACUAAUUAUUACAUUUGUAUCGUUGCGAUAUUUUUAUCAUGCUAUUAAAUGAAAAAUGUCAUGUUAAAGUAAAAAUUUUAAUCAAUACAAAAACUCUUAGAAAAUUUAACAAAAAUAUAUAUAUUAUCAUGUUAAAAAAUUAAGAUGCAUAUACAUAUGCAUAAUAAUAAUAUUAGACACAUAAAAAUGUCUUGUAACCUUCAUCAAUGUAUCAUUUAGAGUAAGGUUGAUUUCAAUGAUGCAUAAAACAUACCGAAUUAUUAUAAAUUUAUUUCAUACCCCACUUUUAGAAAUUAGUGCUAUAUCAAACUCGUCAACAUGAAAAUUCAUUAUUGCGAAAUAUUCAUAACUAUUUUACACUUGUGUUUUUACUGGUAUGUUUCGUAAUUGAGUUAACAUAUUUAAUAAGUUUAUCAAAUAAAAAAAAACAUUGCUUUAAAUUUGUACUUAGUGUGUUAUGCCUGUAUGAUAUUUAUUUCAGUUGAUAAUGUACUCUGAAUAAAAGAAUAAAAAGUGUAGACGUAACAGGAAUACGUCCAACUUUUUUUUAAUCCUUUCAAAUAAUAGAGUUUACAUUAUAUUCAAUUGCGUAUGAUGUGCGAAUACAUAAACUUUGAUUUAAAAAAUUUACUUGUUCAAUAUUUUAGGACCGUUUGAUUUG